AUGUGGGCAAAUUGGGCGGCUAAGCAGUUUCGGGUUGACAGCCUCCGCCAAGCCGGAAGACAUUUUGAGUUGCUCGGUCAUCAGUUACUGGCGUUGCCCUCCGAGGAAUGGCGCAAUCUCCUCAUCACCACUUCUCCUGUCUCUAGCUUAUCCAACUCCAGCAUCACCAGCUCUGGCAAUACCGCCAGCGCAACCACUACUUCUAACCUGGGUGGUGGCGGCGGCUCAAGUUUACUCUCUAUGGCACCAAGCACCCAGUCGAGCACUCCUAGCUCCUGUAGCAGCAACCCAAAGACAGUCUCUUCCCCUGCUUCCGUUUCUGCUCUACUUGCCUUCUUCACACAUGCGAAACGUUUGGAAAAGUACCAAGUCAAUGGUCCAAUGCUGGAAAUCACUAAUGAUAUGGCAGAUAACACGGGACCAGGUACGUUCCACAAGGUCUAG